AUGAGUGAAACUUAUCAACCAGGCAAAAAUUUAACAAUAGAUGAAGGAGUUUGUCCAUAUAGAGGUCGAGUUCAUUUCAAAGUAUACAUGAAAAAUAAACCUAACAAAUAUGGAAUGAAAUUAUAUAUUUUAUCUGAUCCUUUGAAUGGCUAUACAUUAAAAUUUGAAAUUUACUCCGGUAAAAAUGAUACAGAUAAUUCAAUUACUGCAUUAUUUGAUAGACUUUUAUCUGAAUAUUAUUAUAAAGGCCAUACAGUUUAUAUGGAUAGAUUCUACACCAGUCCGACAGUUUUAAAAUCAUUAUGGGAAAAAAAUACUUAUGCCGUUGGAACAGUUAUGUCAAAUCGUCGAGGAUUGCCUAAAGAAAUUGUAAAAGAAAAAUUAAAAAAAGGAGAAAUGACAUUUGCUAGACAAGGACCACUAAUUUGCAUAAAAUGGAAGGAUACACGAGAUGUAUUAAUGUUAUCAACUGUUCAUAAUGCUGAUAUGACACCCGUAACAGUAAGGUCUAAAAUAGGUCCAAUUGAAAAGUUUAAACCAUUAGCGAUUGUCGAUUAUAAUUUGAAUAAAACCGGUGUUGAUCACGGUGAUCAAAUGGUUUCUUAUUAUCCUUUUCAAAGAAAAAUAUUGAAAUGUUUUGUAUUAAAAAAAAAAACUCAUCAAAAAACUACUUUACGAAAUUUUAUUAUAAAUUUGGGUCAACAAUUGUCGGAAAAAGCAGGAAAGCAUACAAAUAACGAAAGAGUUAAUCCCAUAGAAAGUUCAAAUAGACUAAUCGGUCGUCAUUUUAUUACAAGAAUUCCAUCUACACCUUCAAAGAAGAACCCUAGGAGAGUUUGUUAA